AUUAUACGAUUCCAUAUCGAUAUUAUAACUGUAGCACUCGUUGUAUGAUAAACGAGAUGAUAAAAUACGCGAUUCUUAUUUCAAAUUCAAUAUUAUUCCAUUGUUUUCUGUCUACUCCCUUCGAAAUUUUACUCCCUUAAAUCUUGAAAUUUGUCAUAACUCUGGCGAAAGAUAAUCUACAAGGCACGCUUUACUUUAUUUCACCCAAGAUCUGCGAUACUAACGCUACUUUUAUAUACAGCACAUCCGAAAAUGAUGGCCUACGUGAUGCAAGGCGGAUUGCAGUCAUUGCAGGAGGCAGUGCACUAUUCUGUGCCGGUAGUCGCCAUUCCCUUUUUCGGAGAUCAACUUUUCAACGCACGUAAAAUUCUAGAUGCUGGUAUCGGACUUACGUUGGACAUCGAUACGAUCACCGAAGAAUCCAUCGUGCAAACUCUUACCAACGUCAUAGAAAAUAAAACAUAUUAUUAUAACAUCAAAGUGAUGUCGGAGAUUAUAAAAGAUGAAUUGAUAAAACCAAUGGAUCGUGCUAUUUGGAAUGUGGAACAUGUGAUUAAAUUUUCCAAAUCAAAACAUUUUCGUUAUUACGGUCACGAUAUCCCGUUGAUCGAUUAUUAUGGGACAAUAGUAAUCCUUAGCCUGUCUUUAAUUUUGAUAAUAAAAUGCUAUUGUUUGAUAAUUAAUAUUUUUCGAUUUAAAUAUUUCUCGAUUAAAUAUAUAAGAGACCGGAUUAAGUUUUUUGUAAAAUCAAAAUAUUCGAAUAAUUAUGAUAUUCUCGAUAAAAAUAGAUAAUUAUAUUCUAGAAAUUUAUUAUUAUUAUUAUUACUAAGUUCAACGUAUUUUUAUCUUCUUUUAAAUUUUCGAAUAAAUAUUGUUAGUAUCGUUUGUAAGAAUUCUAUUUUAUUGUCUGUUGUUAAAACAUUUAAUAAUUCAGGAUGCUAAAAAUAUCAUCAACAGAUAAGUAUGGAAAAUUUAUCAGAGUUACCAUCAUACGAGAAACAAAAUGUCUAUAAUAUCGACUA